AUGAUGGAAAGCCUCCGCAGACACAGGUGCGCCUCACUCAGCGCUGCGCAAAGACGCGUCGGCGCUCGUCCGCAAACACUCUUCAUUCUGCCGGGCCGCGCAGGACAUUAGGACCAACUACUUCUCCUUGUUCAUGGGAAAAACCUUCAUCUUAAUUUAUAGGUCAAAAAGGGCAAAGUUACUUUACAGGAAGUCGUCAGAGACAUCAGGACAGGUCGAGUUUUCUGAGUGAGCUCAGUACGCCAGCAGGGUUUUCUCAGCCGAUACUCUUUUGACCCCUACUGGAGCUUCCACGGUCCUCGUCACCACAAUGAGCUGGGGGGCACUCUACGCCCAGCUGGGCGGCGUCAACAAACACUCCACCAGCCUCGGGAAGAUCUGGCUCUCCGUCCUCUUCAUCUUCCGCAUCACCAUCCUGGUGCUGGCCGCCGAAAGCGUUUGGGGCGACGAGCAGUCGGACUUCACAUGCAACACGCAGCAGCCCGGCUGCAAGAAUGUCUGCUACGACCACUUCUUCCCUGUGUCGCACAUCCGCUUGUGGUGCCUGCAGCUCAUCUUCGUCUCCACGCCGGCCCUGCUCGUCGCCAUGCACGUCGCAUACAGGAAGCGCGGCGACAAGAGGACCAUUCUGGCCUCCAACCACACUGAAAAGUCCGACCUGGAGAACCUGAAAAAAAGGCGUCUGCCCAUCACGGGCCCUCUUUGGUGGACCUACACCUGCAGCCUGUUCUUCCGCCUCAUCUUUGAAGGCGGCUUCAUGUACGCGCUGUACUUCGUCUACAACGGCUUCCAGAUGCCCCGGCUCGUGAAGUGUGAGCAGUGGCCCUGCCCCAACAAGGUGGACUGCUUCAUCUCCCGACCGACGGAGAAGACCGUCUUCACCAUCUUCAUGGUAGCCUCUUCGGCCAUCUGCAUGGUGCUGAACGUGGCCGAGCUGCUCUACCUCAUCGUCAAGGCACUCCUGAGGUGCAUGGACCGGUCGAACAAGAGGAAACACCCCUACACGGAGAGCGUGUCGAGGGACAACAAGAAGAACGAGACCCUGUUGUUGUCCUCCAUGGAUUCGUCCAGCAACAAGACUGUGAGCUGAAGAGGAUGGACUCCAGAUCCAUCUGUGGACCUCCAUUAGAGCCGUCCAGGGGGAUACAGAGUCUGUAUUCCUGUGGGAAAGUUUUAGUUCUGCGUCUUUACCUGCAGCAGAACUCGCGUCGACCCGAGGGAAGUGGACCUCGGCGGGUUUUGUUUUUUUUACGCGUGACCUUAAAUUUUCCACUCAUGCACUGUAGUGCUGUUCACAGCUGAGUGUUUUUCUUUUUUUUUUAGUUUAGUUUGAGUUCUGCCUAGCCACUUACCUAGCUUGCUCACUAACAAUCAAAGCAGUUUAACAAAUAUUAGUUUACAAUUUAAAAAAAAUGCUUUAAAGCCAGAAGGACCUUCUGCGGUAAUCUCAGAGGCAAAUUUGACUAGACAUAAAAUGUGCAAUAAUUCCUUGCUUUAUAACAAUGUUUUGGGUAGAAAAUAUUUUGCCAAGAAUCCCGAUAGGAGUAGAUGUAGAACCAGCAUGAAGGUGCUCAUAAGCAGUAAAAUAAUAAUUUGUUCUCACGGAAAACCCCAGCAGAUUGCAAAAUAUUAAGUGGUGCCUUGAUGAUUAUUAUUAUUAUUUUACACUAGAGAUAUGUGUUUGACUUCUGGUUGAUGCCCGAAGCUGUAACAAAAGUUUAAGGGCGCUGUUGCUUCGAAGGAGAAUGAGCCUACACUGACAUCUAGUGGUGAACAAUGAGAAGACGCGAGAAUUAAUUAAAGGGAUUUUUGUUUUUCAUCGCAAUCGAUCAAAGGCGGUUUGGUUAAAAAUGUAGCUGUGUUGACUAAAUCGUCUUUUUACGUUUACCUUGUUGUGUGUAAAAAUUUAACUGAGAAGAAUGCAGGCAUUUCACUUUAUUGAGGGACUAAAAUCAAUAAUUUUUUUGUGUGUGUGCGACCGAAAUACAAGACAACAAAAUCAGACAGUAUUUCCCUUUAAAAAAUAUUAAACGUAUAUAAAAAAGAUGCAAUAAUAUAGAGAACAUUUUAACAGAUUCAUGAAGAAAGCUGUCUACCAGUCUGGUGUUCAAUCAAAAUGUUCAUAGUGUGAAAAGUCUCUGAAAAGAAUCCUGGACAGAGAAAAGUGAAGCUGCAAUGAAGCUCCAGAUACACAAGAGAGCCGUCAUGUUUCCAGUUUAAUCAACCAAAUUCAUCUGUUAGCUUUUGCCUGAUUAUAAUGUUCUUAAACCAUUAGAUUUUUAUCUUUUUUUUUUUUUUUUGGACUGAGUCUUACAAAACAAACUUGAACUUCUCACGUCUUGUCAUACAGCCACAAACGUCAAUGUAUUUUUAUUGGACUUUUAUACCAAAGACGUGUAUACAUUUUGUGAUUGUGAACAUCAAUUUUCAAAAUUAAAUAGAGAAUCAAAUAAGUAUCUUGCCAUAAAUUACUGUUUGGCUUAACCCACAGCAUGAUACUGCCACCACCAUGUUUCACUCUGCUUCACACCUAACUGGUUUGUGGUUGUAUUGUGACAAAUUGUGUGAGAAUGUAAGCGGUGUGAAUACUUUUGCAAAGUUUGCACAGAUGAAUAGUGUUUUCAGAAAUAUGUACAGUUAAAUCCUAAAUUAUCCACAACCCUAGUAGAUUUAGGUUUAAAGUAAUCUGAUCGUUUUUAGAAAUAUAAUUCCACUGACUUGAAGUUAUUUUAAAGUUUGGGGACCUUAAGAUUAGGGUGAUGGUAAGGAGGACAUCCAAACUCAGAAGAUUUGGAGCCUAUCGGAGAUCGAUCAACAAAACACUUCUGGGAAGAUACAAAAAGUUGGCCAGCGAUUAAAUAUUUUUCCAUUGAUCACUGAGAUUAUUUUACUAAAAUACAACUAAAAGGCUGCUUUAAAAAAUUAGCCUCCUUAUUCAUUGUUGUAUAUCUUUUGUGUCAUUUCUUGUCACAAACAAACGUCUUGGAUGAAUGGAAACAAUUUGAAAUCUAAAUCUUCCAGCAGUAUGAAUUAUUUUGAUGGGCUGAGCUGUCAUUGCUGACAUUCAAACACAAUUAAAUAGAAUCGAAUGAGUAUCUGUCAUGCGUGUAGCUGUGUACAGACAUGAGUUUUAGCUCUUUGUUUGGUUUGCCUAAAUUCAAAGCUUUUCUCAGUGGAAAUACGCUGACAAAUACAGAUGUUGCCACCUGGAUCCAUUUAUCGCUUUUAUCCACAGCUUCAGUUGCUUUUGGUUCUCUCGUCGUGUAGAUCUUCACGGCGUGUGCUGACCCCGCCCCUCUCGGAUCAGCUUUCAGCCUGCGCCUUAUUUUAUCCGGCGCUCUGAUCGCGACUCGGCCUCCCGAUCAAGACAAAUCUCAAACCCAAACACGUCUUCGUCGUCCCUCCGUCCAGGAAUAGACGUCAAGGAUUAGUCACAUCUGUCUGUCCAAACGGACACUCGGCUGCUGGUGACUCUGUGAUUGCGCAAUGACCGCUAAGUGAGAUGCGCCGGCGCCAAUUAGACGUGUAAAUUCCCCUGUUAUAGAAAGUAAAGCCGGGUUGGACGCUCGGCGUGGUUUGGUUGUGUAACAGUUGGAGUGACCCGCACAGUGUUGCACUCUGGGGAUUUUAGAGUUAAAAAGAAAAAGAGAAAAAGAGAAUUGUAAACCCGCUCUAAUAUUACCAUUGACCUCCUGGUGUAAUUUUUUUUUCCAUCACUGCAGACUUUAAAGCUGACUUUGCUUCCACAGUAAUUAACAGUUUGAUUCCAACAGCUAUGCAACGCUAACAGACAGUUUUUCACAGAGAGAAAUGAACCAAUGAGAUGCUUCGGAUUGUGAUUUUUGUAUCAGAUGUCUUGUACACUUGCACUGUGAUCCUUCAACUUGUUUUUUCCUUUGAGAAAUUUUUCAUAAAUUAGUGAAAAC